AUCUAAAGAAAAGCUGUACUCUGGAGGUUUUGUAUAAUCUUAGCAUUAUUUACAAUGGUGGUCAAAUGUCAAAACAGGUCCCCAUGUUUUGUGUACAACCUCCUCAAAUUGUAUACUCUGUCAUCCAUGUCUUAUAAAUGUGUUGGACUGGAAGAAAAAAAAUAAUGUUGUGCUUAAAAUUCUGGAGCGCAUUUUCAGGUUGGUUGCUUUAAAGUUAGUAUGGGAUUGUAUAGUACAAUAAGAGGAAAUGCCCUUGCAUCAAACAUUAUUCACAGACCUGUAUUGUAAUGAAAAACUGUAUUGCUCCACGCCAAGACCUGACUGGGAAAAAACUUUGUUACACUGUGUGCUGUGGUCUCAGGCAAAUCUGUUUAAAUCACCUUAAGCAUCACAACAACAUUAUUCUCCUGCUUGAGUGGUUUCAAGUUGAUGCAGCAGAAGCCACAAGUAUCUCUUUGUGAGUAUGGCCGACAGGCUUGAGUAGCUUUUCUACACACACACUCCCUACAGCAGCUCAGAAGUACAGCCUACUGAUCACAAUCAACAAUCCCCUUUAGGAUGAAAAGAACCGUUCAGCUUCUCCACUUCAGCUAUAACUGUCACACUAUAGCUAGUAAGCUAACAACCCUUAUACAUUAUAUAACACACAAAUGUGGUUUACAUUAGAAACACUGCCAUCUAGUCCCUCAAAGAUUUCAUACAGCUAGCUUACAACAAUUCCCAAUUUGGCUGUAAAGACGAUCUUCUCCUCAUUCCCAUUUACUAUAAUUCAAACAAGAUUAACAAAAUAUUAACUCAGUACAGUAAUAAUUUGGGUUUGCUAAUUAUUAUUGUUGUACUAUAAUUAGAGUUAGCAAUUUAGAAUUCAACUUUAUUACAGGGGUCCUAACAAAACCCUUUCACCUACAACAAAUAGUUUGGUAUGCCCGCUGUCUGCUUGGCAUAGUCUGGAAGCCCUAGUUAUUUUUAACUUGUGUUUUGCAAACUGACCUGCCCUCAUUUCUCAGUUAUUGAUAGCCAACUGCAGGCCUGGGGAUAUGAAUAGCUCAACCAGGGUAGUAGCUAUGUGUCAAACCAAAGAAAAGCAGACAAGGGGAAGACUGUGGCUGUUGUGACAUGGCCUGCAAAAAUCCUGAGCUGGUACCGUUUACCGUAAGAGCAACAACUUCUUCUGAGUUGUGCCCAGAGGACAAAGGUUCAGAUGAUGAGCCUGAGAUAGAUGUCAUACCUGACACAGUGCUUCACCUAGAGACAGAGUCCUUCUUUGUGAAUCGUCAACAGCUGGCUCUCCAGAGCCCCUAUUUCCGUGCACUUUUCUAUGGUGGCAGCAGAGAGAGUGGCAAACGCCACAUUAGGAUCCAAGGUGUGGGUGCGGAACAGUUCCGAGUCUUGAUGGAAUACAUUCUGAUGUCCAAGCUACCGCUCAGCAGAGAGACUGUACUGAGGAUCCUAGAAACAGCAGAUUUCCUCCAAAUGGAGAGGCCCAGGCUCCUAUGCUGCAAGUUUCUAGAAAGAGAGCUGCACCUUAGCAACUGCUUGGGCAUGAUGGCCUACGCUUGGCAGCUGGGCUGCAUGGAACUCUACACCACAGCACGUCAGGUCGCUCUAACCCACCUGCCGGCUAUCACCACAGAGGAGGACUUCCUGUUCCUGUCCAAGGAGAGCAUGGUGGAUCUCUUAGCCAGCGAUGACCUGUUUGUAACCAGGGAGGAUCAGGUCCUGGAGCUGGCCUUACGCUGGGCUGCAUUUCACCCAAAUCGGGAGACGGAAUUCAUGGAGCUGGUGGAGCUGGUGCGGCCAGAGAACCUGUCUCUUUCCUACCUCACUGAUCUGCUGACCAGGCUUAAAGGGUCCGACCCACAAGCCAAACUCAUCUGUAAACUGAAUGACAAUUUUCCAGUAAGCUGGUCUGUGGGCAGGUCCAUACCUCGGACACGGGCCAGAGAGACAAUGUACAUACUUGGAGGGCCCCACGACCAGGAAAAACAGUCUCUCUACCAGUACUACCCGCGCAGUGGCAGGUGGCAGUCCCAUGCACCCCUUCAGAGGAAGAAUCUCACCCAGUACUCUGUGGCAGCAGUAGGAGAGGACAUUGUCGUCACUGGCGGCUACUUUCGUGACGAGGUCUUUUGGUACAGUGUCGACUGGGUGCGGAUGUUCCAGUGUCGGACUGAGCGCUGGGCGGAUGGCCCCCCUCUGCAGAAGUCCAGGCACAGCCACUGCUCUGUCGGCCUGGGGCCGGAGCUGUACGUCCUGGGGGGCAGCAUGGACGAGGGGCCCAAGGCCCACGUGGAGAAGCUGCUGCUGGGGGAGCGGGGCUGGGAGGAGGUCAGCCCUAUGGUGCGGUCUGUGGAGAGGGCCGCCGCCGCCACCCUGGGUCUGUGUAUCUAUGUGGCCUGUGGACUAGAUGAGAACGGGGAGGUUUACAGCGGGAUUCAGAGGUACCGGGUCAAGGAGGACCAGUGGGAUGUGGUCACCUACUCCCCACUGCCAAGGUAUGACCUUCUAGCAACAGUACUCAAUGGGGCCCUGUAUUUCCUGGGAGGUCAGGCGUUGAGGCUAGACGUUGAUACAGAUGAAUGGACAGUUGUGGAAGAGGAGUAUCUGGGCAGGAAGUUUUUUGGUGGCUGUACCACAGUCAAUGGCCAGAUCUACCUGAUGAGUGAGCGAAAAUUAAACAAAGCAUUCCCAAACAUGGUACUGAUGGAUCCUUAUAUUGACACCUGCAUGGAAAUCGACGGCGCCAUUCCCUGUCCUGUGCCUCUCCGGGGAUGUGUCACCAUGCGCUUGGCCGCAUGACACCGGAGAGAUGCCAGGGAACUGCUUGGAC